ACGACGGAGUCGUUACUGGGUGCCCCUGACUACACAAGCAGCGAAAAAGUUUCUUAGAAACCAGAAGUUUAUGGUUACGUAAUGAAAACGCGUUUACGAUUUGAUAUGCAAAGACGCUGAGAGACAUCUGUAGGUGGGGGAAUGUAGAGUGAGACCUCUGCAGACUGUCUCAAACCAGAAUGACAGUUUGACCUUGUUAAGCUGGGGUGACAUGGAGCGGACAAAAUGCGCCUAGUGGCUGUUGCGCGAACGAAGCGGUGGUGGCUGCCGUAGAGAACAGGCGACAAGGGAAAAGGCCGGGUGUGGUUAAUUAAGCUGCGGCUACAUAACGGUCACCAGAAGGCGGUCAUUUUUUGUUUGCUUGUUACUGGAUGAGAAAUGUGGAAUGCUUUCGGAAAUGGGUCAGGGUUGCACGGGGUUGGUGGUGUUGGCGGGUACGUGCCAGCUCAGGGUUGGGAAUUCGUUCCGUGCUCGAGGCUGGGAAGGGGGAGAAGUUGCAGUCAGCUAAGGAGGGUCUCAUCUCCCCCCACCGUAGGCCAGUUCUUCGAGCAGCUUCAACCGGGAGUUGGAACAUCACUUGAGGAUGCUCGAGGGCAAGUUCGGGGGCCUGAACCCCAGUCUCAUCACACUCGCAUAAAAAAAAAAUUUGAAGACUUAAAAAAACGCCACGGACAGGACAAGAAGGAAUGGAUGCGAGAGAAGGAAAUACUCUUAAGACAAGUUGCUGAUAUACAAGGUGGGGAGAACAGAAGGAUUUUGUUAGACCUGAAAUCGGUUUUGGAAGAGGUACAAGGGGAAGUAAAGAGAGAGGAGGAGAAGAGGAGCGAGCUACAACUUCAUUACAGAAGGGACAGAUGUGCAUGGGACUUAGAAAGAGCAGAGUUGAAAUGCCAAAUUGCACAGCUGGAAGCUAGAGGAAGUGCAAGUGGGCUUGUCGUGGUUGGGGGUGUGGGUGCGGAGGUGGUGCAAGGAGGUGGGGUGGGGCCCAGUGAGACGCUACGGAGGGACAGGGAGGAACAGCGACAGCUGCUUGCCGACACCCACACGGCCGCCAUGGACCUACGUUGUCGCCUGGAUCUCAAUGAGCGUGGCUGGCUCAAGGAGCGCUCCGAGCUGUUGGAGCGCUUCGCCUCUGAGAGGAGGGAGUGGGAGAGCCAGCUCAGAGACAUGCAGACCAAGAUAGAUGAGCUAUACAAGGAGGUGAGAUCAAGGAGAGAAAGAGGAGGGAACGUUCAAGACGUUGGUCAGAGGUUCAGUUUGCAUUCCAGCAGUACGGGGUCCAGCUUGCUCAGUGAACCCUCGGUCUCAGACCCCCCCAGCAGCAGCUGUCAGUCUGACACCCCCCAACGCACAAACCACAGCAACAGCAACUCCAGCAACAGUCAUGGGUUGGCCGGUCGCUAUGGAAGCAGCAUGACGAAUUCCACUGCCAACUGUGUCGUCAGGAGCAGCCAGGUGCAACGGUUGGAUGAACUAGGCGGAGUCACGCAGGCGGAGGAGCAGGAGUCUGUUGAGACACAGGAAGUUGACACUGCAGAGCUGGAGGCCAUCUUGAAAGGAGUGAUGGGACAGGGGCCUGAGAGGGACAUCAUGGAUAAAGUUAAUGUCAGAGUCCAGGCACCUUUCAGCAGAAGCCAUAGCAAGGACUCUAGCUACAGCAACGGAAAAAAAAGGAACACAACAGCUCUCAACACUGCUUUGAAGGAGAUAGCUCGGGUCAGUGAGGAGCUGUGUAGCUACCAGGAUGAGAUCAGAAGGAAGGCUAAAGAUAAGAGGGGCAAUACUGAGUUCCCGUACCUCUUGGAAGAUGGUCAAAAGGGUGGGCACAAAGAUAGUACCAUACUAGAGAGGGAUGAGAUUACUUUUGACCUCAACCAGCUCUACGCAGAUCUUCGGGUCCUGGAGGAGCAGAACUGGAUCACCUGGUCGGCCAAUACAAAGGACUCCUGGUCUUCCAGUAGCAAGAAACAAAAAACAAACACCACACAUCCCGGGCAAGAGAAGGUGGCUCCACCCAUCCCCCCUCGCCUCACUUCCUGGUACCUCAGCAACCCCACUCCCCCAGAGCCAGAAGUACAGACCCAAGAAUCACUUGCUCUCAGAAAGUGCCAUAGCCCUUGUGUGGUGGUGGAUAGGAAGUCAAACAGUCCAUCCAUUGUGAGGAAGUUUGAGGCAAUGCUGCAGGAGAAUGAGGGCAAAGUCCUGACAGAGGUGGGUGUAGCCUCCUGCUCUGUGCCCACCAACUCUAACUGCAACACAGGCUGCUGCCAUAACCGCUGGUCCUGCGAUGGCAGCCGGUUUGGCAGCAGCAAGUCGUCCACUUACGUUCCUGUCCAGAAGAGCUUAUCUGAGAUGAACAUCCUGACCGUGGGGAGGGAAAACCGAUUAGACCAUAGACUUUCUGAUAGCCCGAAGAGCUCAGAAUCACAGAAGCUGGUCAUGGGUGAAAAUUCACCAUACUUUUUGGAUCUGCCCUCCCCAAAUCUCCCCAUUGUCUGUAUUAACACCCAGGGAUCCCGGAGGAACAUUACCCUUGAGCAGAAGACGGCUGAGUUCAACCGAACUCUGUUUCAGGCUGAGAUGGGCCUGGGUAUCAAUGAGGAAGAUUUUAUCCCAGCAGGUGUCUCUGUGGGUUGUGAACCAGUUUGUCCAACAGUAGGUUAUGAGGUCACUCCCCGGGGUGCCAUAGUUGACCUUCAACCCCAGAGAACAGAGUUCAAACACCAGAGAGGCAAGCCUGACAUCCUCUGUGUCCAGAGUCCAGGGCACGCCCUGUCCAGCCCACCAUCUCACUAUCCUGAGGUCAAACUUAGGAUACCCUCCCUAGACUCAAGACAUCAAGAGGGCGAAGUGAUGGAAUUCACCUUUGACAGUUUAACAUCUAACGUAGUCUCACAUGACUCAAACGCUGUAAUGUCAAACAUCCCGUCCCGGAUCACACGACAUAGAGAAACAGAACCUGUCAACCUCAAGGCGUAUUGUGUGAGUGCCAGUCCAAAACAGAGCAAGGCUCAACUCGGAGAGAGGCCUCACCAGGCUAAUGCAGGCAGUACAGCCCAACCCCUUCCAGAGACCCUGCCUACGCAGGCUGGACAUAAAGCCCAGGCAGAUACCCCCAGACCCGGUCGUCGGAUCCUUAAUGACCACCCGUGGAAGCCCCUGACUCUGGCUUCCUACCCACGGCCCGCAGAUUCAAGGUCAAACUAUGGAGCUGUAGAGAAGAUUCUGAAAAGCUAUGAAAGUGCUGCCUGGGCCCAGCAGUACCAGCAGAGGCAGCCCAGCCUCAUUCAGGGGCCUCAACCUGGAUUUAGCCAGGGAGAAAGUGACCGCAUAGAGCUGAUGGACAUCCGGGAGAUGGACCACCUGUCCCUUAAACCUGCCCCCAGAAAAACACAGACACAGACGACCACCCGCAGAGAGACCCUUUCUGUGCAGGAGAGCCAAGAAACGUCCUCAUCAGAGUCUGUCCAGAAGACCUUCUCCAGGCCAGCUCGGCCCGCCAACCGCCGCCUCCCCUCUCGCUGGGCUAGCCACUCCCCAUCACCCUCCUCCUCUCCCUCUCCCUCCACCACUCCCGUCACACAGUCCACAGUCUCUGCCCAGAAACACACCUUCUCCUACUCGGCAUAUCACACAGAAACAGACCUCACUUAACUGCAGGAUGACUAGCCUGUGUCUAAACCAUUAGGAUGCCUUCUAAUAACUCUGAGACAACUUCUGCUUUCCUUUCUCCUCUGUGUAAAUACCUGCUCCAAGACUGUUAAUCCUACCCAACUUGCAAGUGCUUUAGCUGUGAAUGAGUUCAGGACUCCUCUUUAAAAUGUAUUGCUGCAUUAGGUUGAGUUAACGUUGCUGAUUCCAGCUGUAGAUUAUCUGGGUCUAGCUGCAAGAACUGUACCUGUGUGACUUCAUCGUUAAAUUCGUUUUACAUGCUUAAAUUACUGAAGAAAUUACAUACAGUGCUUACAACAGUGUUGCAAAAUAAUAAACCGCCGCAUAGUUUCAUGUCGAUGGCUUAAUUUGUAUUUACUGCUCUUAGGGGCCGUACAGCAUUCAAGAAUACCUACAUAUCUGAACAAUGUAUGAAAUUAACAAGGCAAUUUUAUACUUUUAUUAACUUCAAGUAUAUGGUUAUCUAAUGGAUAAUACAGUCUGUGGAAUUUGUGGUAAAGAAAGUUGUGAAACAUCAUGAAAGGGAUGCCUUUGCUUUUCUUUGAGUGUAAUAAAUGUAAGAACAUG